AUGGCGAACGUCCAAGCGGUAGAGAAUAAUCCCACACUAUUCAAUGAGAAAGUUCAGGAAUUGUUAAGUGGGUUAUCUAAUGAAGCCUCUGAUGCUAAUCCAAAGUUUUAUGCUACUGGUAAGGUACAACUCGAUACAUUCACAACGUUAUAUGGUAUUGCUCAAUGCACGAGAGACCUCUCUAACGUUAAUUGUAAGAAAUGUCUUGAUGUUGCAAUAAGUGAACUGCCAAACUGUUGUGAUGAAAAACGAGGUGGGCGUGUUGUAGGUGGGAGUUGCAAUGUUGGAUUCGAACUUUACCCCAUAAUUGGUACUUAG